AUGAGUACAUCAAAUCAGUUUAAUGCACCAUCAAGGAUAGUUUAUUUAGGUUCUAUUCCUUAUGAUCAGACAGAACAACAGAUUUUGGAUUUGUGUAGUAACGUUGGACCUGUAAUGAACAUGAAAAUGAUGUUUGAUUCUACAACAGGGAAAUCUAAAGGUUAUGCAUUUAUUGAAUUUAAAGAUUUAGAAUCUAGUGCAUCUGCGAUUAGAAAUCUAAAUGGUUAUCAAUUAGGUAAUAGAUUCUUAAAGUGCGGAUACGCAAGUAACAACGAUAUAUCUAAUUCUAAUUCUAAUUCCAAUGCCAAUAAUAGUAAUAAUAAUAACAAUAGCACAAAUGACAAUAAAAAUAACAAUAACAAUAACAACAAUAGUAAUAAUAAUGAUAACAGUAUAGGUAGCGAAAAUAGUGAUAAUUCAACCAAAUCAAUGAUAUUCUCAAAUUUACCACAAGGCAUAGACGUUAACAUUAAUAUGACAACCCCUGCUAUGAUGAUAUCAAGCGAAUUAUCCAAAUAUGAUAAAACUAAACAGUUAACACUUUUGAAGAAAUUACAGGAUUUAUGUAAGAAGGAACCUGAAUGGUCAUUACAACUGUUGAAUGAAUAUCCACAAUUGACUUACGUGAUUGCCGAAUUAUUAUUGACUAAUGGGAUAUGUCAGGUUGAUGAUCUAACACAAUUAGCCAAACCUAAAACAGAUAAUAUGAAUUCUCAUAAUACCACUAUUAAUGGUAACAACACAGAUAGUAUUAUAUCAAAAACAAAUGAAGAUAAAUUAUCAUCUGAUCCAGAACAACUACUAAGACAAAAAGAAUUGCUGAGACAGGUUCUACAGUUGACUGAUAGUGAUAUUAGUAUAUUACCAGAUAAUGAAAAGUCAAUCCUGUGGGAUUUAAAACAAAAAAUGAUGAAAGGUGAAUUUGGUAUUAUAUAA